AUGACUUUUGCCAUGCUCCGCACAGCGCCUCCCGCAGGCCGCUUCAUGUACGGCGACAUUGCUUUACUUUCUGAAGAUGAUGACGAAAAUGGAAGCGAGGGCUCUGGUUCGGAUGAGCGUAAUUCUGCCUUCCGCCUGUCGUCCUCGUCCCCUUCUGCAUUUCAUAUCAAGGUGAACAGGAAGAGGAAGCUGUGUGCAGGUAUAGGGGGGGCCAUGCUGGGGAGACUUGCCCCCCCUGGGUCUCCUCCAAAUGGUGUUGGGGAGGUGCGCCAGAGGACAGCUGCCAACGCACGGGAAAGAGACCGCACCAACUCUGUGAAUACGGCUUUCACUGCUCUGCGCACUCUCAUCCCCACUGAGCCUGCAGACAGGAAACUGUCAAAGAUUGAGACGCUGCGCCUGGCAAGCAGUUACAUCAGUCACCUGGGCAACGUGCUUCUGCUGGGGGAGGGGCUUCACGAUGGACAACCGUGCCACGAGCCCUCAUCUCCGUUCUUUCACGUCAAUUCCUCCCCAAACCGCGGCUCUGACCAGUCCGCACAACCGAAACACAUCUGCACCUUCUGCCUCAGUAACCAGCGCAAAAUGAACAAAGACAGAGAACGAAAGACUGCAAUAAGAAGUUAA